AUGGCUAGCGUUGACUUUACGCCUAUUGGUAAAAGGAGACAAAAUACCAAGUUUCAGGUCAUUCGAGGUCAGAAUGCAGAUGAGAACCGUCCCAGUAAUCGAAACUUGUUUCACACGUUGAAAGACUCAACAAACAUUUAUUAUGAUUCAGGCGACAUUAGUUUUGAUGAUACAACACGAGAGUGGGAAGAUGAUAUUGAGAAGCGAGCUCCUAAUAGACCCCAUAAGAGGACACCGAGACAGGAGACUGUUUUUAAAAACAUAGGGUUAGGAGUGAAUCAGGUGGAGAUAAGAAUGCAAGAGUUGGAAAAAGAAGCGCUUGAUUGGAAAAUAAAAUAUAGGGAGCUUCUCAGGCUGGUAGAACAAAUAGAGGGUGAUAGUGGCAUGAUCGAGGCUAAUGCAGAGCUUAGGAGUCAGUUGAAGUUGAUGCAAGAAAGAUUGAGACAGUCAGAAAAGAACUCACAUGCUGAGAAAUACCUACUCGAACUCGAACAUAAAGACAAGAUGAUAAACAAGUUAAUAGAGGAUAUGGAAAGAAUGGAGAGAGAAUUCGUAUCACACAACAACGCCGAUAAUGCUGAAUUAAAACAUGAGUGUUUGGAAUUAAAGCAGAAGCUUGCCAUUUAUGAGGAAAAGCUUAGAGAGUACGAAAAUUUGGCCAAGUUCGAGAGUUCAGAGAAGCAAAAGCAAGCACAAGAGGACAGCCAGCAAAUAAAGAAGUUGAAUCAAUUGAUCAAGGAAAAUGAUCAGAUAUAUAAGGCGGAGCUGGAGCAUUUGAAGUCGCUACUUGAAAAUGCUGAAAUAAAAUUGCACACAGCUCAAAGGGAGGUAGACACAUUGAAAGAAAAGGCUGGUGAUACUUCUCAAGUGAGAAAACAUUUUCACGCUGAUUUGAAUGAACUCAAUGAUUUCAAUCAAGAGCUUAGAAAACAACUCGAUAGCCAGACAAAGAAACUGAAACAGUUGCAAGCUGAUUUAGAUGCUCUCAUGAGGACAAACCAGGAUUUGUUGCAUCAGGUUGAGUACGAAAGAAACAAGUCAAAUGAUCUGGCUAAUGACGCGCGGAAGAGUAACAUGGACAAUUGGUCGUUCGUUGACAAGCUUGAUAAAGAGAAAGAGAGAGUUAGAGAUCUUGUGAAUGAGCUUCAUAUGGCACAAAGAGCUAUUGAACGUGGGAAAAAAGAGCAAGCAGAAAUGAAGACAUUAUUAAAGGAAGCUCUAUCUAAAAAUGCCGAGAACACGCAUUCGAAUGUUGAUGCCGUAAGAAUGGAUGAGUUGAAGAAGGAGAAUUCACAAUUGCAGAGCAAGGUAAAGGAACUAGCAUCACACUGUCAAGACUUGGAAGUUGAGGUGGAUUCUCUAACGACCAAAUUGAAGAGCAAAGAAAAGGUUUCACUCGAGCAAGAAGCCCAUAUUCAAAAGCUCGAGGAGGAGAAUUUUCAUUUAGCUGUCCAUCAAGAUAAUCUUGCUUCCACAAAUGAAAGCUUACAAAAUGAAGCUGAAAAGAUGAAACGGGAUAUUCAACGUUGCCUUCAAGAGAUUGACAAUCUUGAAAACAUUAAUGACGUUGAGGCCGACAAACGAGUGUCCCAGUUGUUAUCAAAUGAGCAUGCACUAAAAGAAGAAGUUGUGUCGCUAUCAAAGUUGGCUACUCAAUUGAAAGACGAGUUGGAAAUACUUAAGGAAAGAGACCAAGACAAUAAAGAUGUCUUUGAUGACAACAGAGAGCUCGUGAGGAAGCUCAAGGAAAUGCAAAGGAUUCUUGAGGAUUUGGGAAUUUCAAGCAAAGAAGAGCUCGAAAUCUUCGAGACAAAUGUGAGAGAUAGAAUAAUGAGCAUGAAGAGUGAUUUGAAGGAUAGUGAUUUCCACGUGAGAAGGUUGGAAGAUGAACUCACAAAGUCACAUGAAGAGGUUAAAUUCCUACAAGACAUAGUAGUCAACAAAGAGAAGGCACUCAAAUCAAUGGAAAGUCUUUUGAACAGCGACAAGAAAGAAAACGAGUCAGCAAUACAGGCGUACCAGGAGUUUCAACUCAAGAAAGCACGUGAGGAACUCAAUGAAAUCACAGAACAACUAAGAAAUACUAAAGUGGAUAGUGAUGCUGAAAUUGCCAAAAUACAGAAUUCAUACAACGACAAAGUCAAAGAACUAAAGGAGCAGUUGAGCGACUACAAGGCACAAUUAAGCAACACCACAAAAGACUACAGAAAGCUUACAGACAAAUUGUUGGAGUACAAAACCAAUCUCAAAUCAGUUGAGGAUAUGGAGCGUCUCAAGUAUUACAAUAAUGGAUGGCAGUACUUUAAACACAGGUAUAGGGAUGCUACUAUCAAGGCUCUGGAAUUCAAGUUCAUGUAUGAAUUUGCUAUCGAUCAAAUCAAGAGCAGUCGUUUCAAACUUAAUGAUGACUCAAAGUUAGCCGUUGUCGGUCUAUACCCAGAAUACGUUGGUGGAUCCACUAAACCAAAACUUACCUUCAAAGGUGUGGCAACAUUAGUGCUAGCAACAAUAAAGCUAAGAAGGCGGACAAAAUUUGAGAAAAACCGAUUCAGGGAUUUGAACAAGUGGAGAAAAGAAUUGGAUGAUGGUAGAACUAAGUUCAAGGAGAUGGAGAAGGAGAAACCGUUCGUAGUCGGUAUAAAAACAAUAUAA